GAAGAUGACCAGCUGGCUCUCCUGCGAUCUUGUGAGGGAUGCUGGGACAAGACCACCCGCACGGAAAGUUCUGGCACUGGUUCUGAUGCUGCUGCUGUCCCAGCUGGCUUGCGAUGCCCACAGUGUGUCCGACUGCUGCAGACAUCCGACCCGCUCCUGUCGCCUCUACGUGCUGCUGUGCCGCCCGAGCGGCCAGGCCUCGGCUGUCAACGACGCGUCGGCCGGAAUCCUCACCCUGGGCAAGAGGACGGAGGACGAGCAGCGACUGCAGAGUCGGCUGCACAUGCUGUUGCACGGCUCUCGGAACCAGGCGGCCGGGAUCCUGACAAUGGGGAGGAGGGACGAGGAGCAGGCCAGGGGCCAGUACAUGAACUGGGUCGUCCAGUCGGGGCCCACCGUCACGACACAACUGCCUGCACAAGACUGACAUCUGCUGGACUCUUUUGGUCUCCAACUGGAGCGUGUAA